CUUACAUAGGCGAGGCUGAAACGAUUAGCCGUAGUUUUUAAACAUGGCGGUACGGAUGUUGCACUUGCGCUUCGUUUGGAGGCUUUGAAGAUGCUCGAUUUGAUGAACCCACGUGAAACGCGUUGUGACGGAAAGGGAUUGACUGCGAUAGAUUACGUUUCGACCGAAACAACGUAUGAUGAGUUCUUUCAAAAGUAUUUAAUGACAAACACGCCCUGCAUCAUUCGCGCCGAGCAAACGGAAACUUGGAGAAGUGUCGGUGCAUGGGUGGACGGCAGAGGAGCCCCCGAUUUCGGGUAUCUGAAGUCCGAAUUUGGGUCCGCAACGGUCCCCGUGGCCGAUUGCAGCACGAGGUACUACGAUUCGCAGCUCAAAAAUGACAUGAAGAUGUCCGAGUACCUCGACUACUGGCAGGGUACGUCCGAGCAAACCUCGUUGAAACGGGGCUGUCUCUACCUCAAAGACUGGCAUUUUGUGAGGGAUUUUGCAAACUACGAGGCCUACGCGACUCCAGUCUACUUCACAUCCGAUUGGUUAAACGAGUUUUGGGGCGAAAGGACCGACGUCAAAGACGACUGUCGCUUCGUGUACAUGGGACCCAAGGGAUCUUGGACCCCAUUCCAUGCGGACGUCUUUGGAUCGUACAGUUGGUCGGCCAAUGUCUGUGGGAGAAAACUCUGGCACCUUUUCCCCCCCGGAAACGAGGACGCCCUGCGAGACUCUGAGGGAAAGCUACCAUACGACGUCACCUUGCCGGAAUGUGCUCGCGGUGACGCGGACAAGAAGCUGGGAAUCACCGUAACUCAGGAAGCUGGGGAAGUCAUAUUUGUGCCCAGCGGUUGGCAUCACCAAGUUCACAACCUGGAGGACACCAUCUCAAUCAAUCAUAACUGGUUCAACGGAUGCAACAUUGACGUCGUCUGGAAAAGUCUCCUCAAAGCCCUGGACGACGUUGAGAAGGAGAUCUGCGAGCUCCGGGACUCCGAGGGGUGGCACGGACAGUGUCAGACGAUACUGAAGGCACACCAUGGCUGGAAUAUCUUUGAAUUUUGCUGGAUGCUCGAGACCAUCUCUAAGAAGAGACUGCAAAUGUUGGGCUCUGCGGACGAAGGCAGCGGCAACAGAGAUCCCGUUUGUUCGGAGCCCCACAUCAUAUUUGACCUCGUCCAAGUUCUCCGCUCCUAUAAUGAAGUCCUUCGCUGUCCUCCAGAGGUUUUGGGAGUAGUCAAACUCAAUCGAGAUAUCAUCGCAGAGAUUCUGAGUGUCCUCAGUGAAAAGGAUGUUAAGGGUGUGUUACCAUGGGGGACAGAGUUUGGCAUUAGCUAACACUUUCAUGUAUUGGUAGCGAUAUUUUGCUGGCAUGCGGCGUCAAUUUGAUCAAUGGGAUAGAUAUAGAUGUGAAUAUAAUCAAUAAAUAAAAAAAAAAAACACCUCUUACACCCUGA